UCAGCGUGCAGUGUUAGCCCCCGUUGGUAUGCGCGCACUGACGCGUGCGCAGUAGGUACCGGGUAAUUCGGCGCUGAAAAGGAAGAAGCCUAGUUUAGCGGGGAUAUAACCAAACCACUGCUAGCCAGGGUAGCAGGAACAUUGUAUAAAUCAGCGUAUUCAUAGUUACAUUGCUUUUUAGCAUCGUGACACAGUGCAGAAUUUGGAACAUGGCUGAUAAAGAGGUGUAUGAUGAUGCAGUGGAAGAGAGGGUCAUCAAUGAAGAGUACAAGAUCUGGAAGAAAAACACACCUUUCCUGUAUGAUCUGGUGAUGACUCAUGCACUAGAGUGGCCCAGCCUUACAGUCCAGUGGCUUCCAGAUGUCCGCAGGCCAGAGGGGAAGGACUACACCGUCCACAGGCUGGUUUUAGGGACCCAUACAUCAGAUGAGCAGAACCACCUUGUGAUUGCCAGUGUCCAGGUACCAAAUGAUGAUGCCCAGUUUGAUGCCUCGCACUAUGACAGCGAGAAAGGAGCAGAGUUUGGUGGAUUUGGUUCAGUAAGUGGGAAAAUAGAGAUUGAGAUCAAGAUCAACCACGAGGGAGAGGUUAACCGAGCCCGCUACAUGCCUCAGAAUCCUUUCAUCAUUGCCACCAAGACUCCAACAUCUGAUGUGCUGGUCUUUGACUACACUAAGCACCCGCCUAAACCAGAUCCCAGUGGGGAGUGUAAUCCUGACUUGAGGCUGAAAGGCCACCAGAAAGAAGGAUAUGGCCUUUCCUGGAAUCCUAACCUCAGCGGCAACCUUCUCAGUGCCUCCGAUGACCAUACCAUCUGUCUAUGGGACAUCGGGACCGGCCCGAAGGAAGGGAAGAUUGUGGAUGCCAAGACCAUCUUCACAGGCCACACAGCAGUGGUGGAAGAUGUUUCCUGGCAUUUGCUCCAUGAAUCCCUGUUUGGCUCAGUGGCUGAUGACCAGAAACUCAUGAUAUGGGACACUCGAUCCAAUAACACAUCAAAAGCCAGCCACUCGGUAGAUGCUCACACUGCUGAGGUCAACUGUCUGAGCUUCAACCCCUACAGCGAGUUCAUUCUUGCUACUGGUUCUGCAGAUAAGACUGUUGCAUUGUGGGAUCUAAGGAACCUCAAACUGAAGCUCCACUCCUUUGAGUCCCACAAAGAUGAAAUUUUCCAGGUACAGUGGUCUCCUCACAAUGAGACGAUCCUGGCCUCCAGUGGCACUGACCGACGUCUCAACGUCUGGGAUCUCAGUAAAAUUGGGGAGGAGCAGUCAGCAGAAGAUGCUGAGGAUGGCCCACCAGAACUGCUGUUCAUCCAUGGUGGCCACACAGCAAAGAUUUCUGAUUUCUCCUGGAAUCCCAAUGAACCCUGGAUCAUCUGCUCAGUGUCUGAGGACAACAUCAUGCAAGUCUGGCAGAUGGCGGAAAACAUCUACAAUGAUGAGGAGCCAGAUAACACCCCUACAUCAGAGCUGGAGGCUCAGGGAUCUUAACCCAGCUCUUUACAAAUCUCUCUCCAGGCACGACCCCAUCUCCACUCCCUGAGCUCCAAGCCCAGCCCAGCCCAUUGCUUCCAUAUCUAUCUUAAUUCUAGUGCAAAAUGAAUAAUCUGCUCUCCACAUGAAUGAACAAUGUGGAGAGUUAGAGACAGCAUGGACUCCAAUCUUGCUAACAGACAGUUGGAUUCAGUCUCAUCUUGCUUAGACUUCACCGUGGCCCAGGUACCCAAAAGUGCAUAAGCACUUGGAAUAGGAUAAGAUUUGAAACGUUCUGCCUGCUCAGGUUGUAGUAUCUCCAGUGUUUGGGGAAUUGGGAGUUUGUGGUGGGGGGCUUUGAGGAGUCUAAGAGCAGAACACCUUUACGUGCACAAAGUCACUGUAAGUUACUAAGAUCAGUUAAUAGGUUCAUUACAAAGGGCUAAUGCGAGGAAAAUAAGUGUUAUUUUAGAUUUUGAGUUAUGAGUAGCAAGGAAACCACUAAAUAGGCCUUCCUGAAGAUGUAAAUAUGUGAGGAAACCCGGAAAAUAGAAGAUUGCCUGAAAACUGAAAUGCUUUUGGGUAACCUGAUCUACAUCCCUCUAAACCGUGAUUGUUAAAAGCUAACCAUGCUGGUCAUGUCCAGAGAAACCUUCUUUCAUACCGUAUUUUUUCACCUGUUAAGCACUUGUGGCUGUUAUUUUUGUUACAUAAUAUCAGUUUUAGCUGACACAUCACAGCUUUUCUUUGAAGAAACAUUCCCUGUUGUGUUUGCCUCCUAGUCAUAAGGUACAUAAACUCUAAGUAUUUGGCUUAAGUGGAAGGUGUGGGACUAAAUUAGUGCACUUGUGGGAAACACACCUUUCCUUUCCUCUCCUCUUUGUUGUUGCAUAACGCAAAACUACCAUGUUUUGUUUCCUUUUUCAGAAAAUUACAAUAAAACUUUUGUACCUUUUCAAAAAUAAGUUUUUCAUUUAUGUAAAAUUUAAAUAUCUCCUAACAACCUAAUCUUCCCUUAGACUGAGGACUGGCUGAACAAUGUUAGUUUUCAGUUUGAGAAAUGCUGCACAUACAAAUGACACAUCCUGUCCACUUCACUCUCAGAAAAUGACACAAGACCCAAUAAUUACUUAGGAAAUAAAUCCAUAUGAAAUAGUAAUGCAAAUUCUACAAAAUGUUUAUUGAAAAGCAAGACAGGACUAUAUGAACAUUGUACAAUCAAAGAAGGGGUGUGGGCCUUUUUUUUUUUUUUUUUUUUUUUAAGUAAAAAAUAAAGCUCUCUGAAGCUACGGUGACUCAUGCCUCUUCUUUCACAGUUAGUCUCACCUACAGAGGUAGAUUCUGACAUUACCUGAGAGUCAAUCUGGGACAAUACUAAAGAAAGAGGAAACAGACGCUGAAAAGUCUUCCCCCAGCUUGGGUUUUGACGAGAACUGUCCUCUACCCGACAGAUAAGUACAGACAAGCCACCUGACCCUGUACAUGUUCACAUCAAUUUUGUUUUUAAAUCCACACAAUGUGAAGAUAAAUGCUUGAGGAGAACUUUAGAAAGGCCAGGAGAGGCCACAUAAAAUUAAGACUGCAAGGCAACACCUUGGGAGGUCAUUACACCAUGUAUGUACAUGGUUAUGCAGCAGGCAGUCUAUUUGUGUACAUUUUGCUAAGGAAAAUUAUUUGUUUCUACCACCUCUUUGAUUCUCAUUGACGUUAUAAUAAACUGAGUUCAAAAAGGACUGAUAGAAAUGUCUCCAGAACAGGCUGGUGAGCUAGAAUAAUAGGUAAAACAGUGCUAUGGGAACUGUCCUUCAUUGGGCUUUGAGUUAACAAGCAAUUCUCCUGCCUGCCACAUAAUAUAUCAAAGCAGAGGGGAAUUAAAUGUUGCCAAAAAUUGUUGAUCCUAGAUCAGUCUUGUGAUUUAUGCCCACAAAAGACUGGGAUUCUAAAAAAGGAGGCCAAUGAAGCAAUUAUAUGGGGUUAAACCACUGUGUCAACAACUGAAUUUGAUUUGAUAAUGCUUUUCUUUAAACCCCAAAUCAGAAUGCAGAGAUGAUUAGUUUUACAGGUCCAACAAUCCCCCAACAUGAAACAAGAUCGAGAAUUUGAUUUGACCCUGCUAAUGAUAGAUUCCCUACAUUCACCAUAUCAGGACUCUACACAUAUUCAGCUUCCUUAUUAACAAUAACUGCAGCUCCUGUAAUAUGCAUCACUGAUGGAAAAUAUCUUUUUUAUUAAACCGCAUUUGAAAAGUAAAUCAUACUCCAUUUUCUUCCAGUAUAAAGUUUCAAAGACGACGAGGUCCAUUAUUCUGAUUUGCUGUAAAUGUUUCUUAUUUUCCAAACAUAAUUUAAAUAAAAGUAUUUGUCAGCAAUAGAGGUGUUUCAGAACCUGACUUGGGUCUUUUCUUUAAACCGCUGGGAUGACCAUAUAGAAAUCAAGGUUAAUUUUUUUUUUUUUUUU